AUGAACAGGCAGCUGACUCGUCAUUUUUCAGAGGAUGAAAUCCGCAAGGCGGCUUUUGCUAUUAAUCCGGAGAAAGCAGCGGGACUUGAUGGUAUUCAGUCCUUUUUUGCAGAAAACAGGUUACCUCAAAGGAUUAAUCAUACGUCCAUUACGCUAAUCCCUAAAAUUCAGACUCCGGUUUCAAUGGCGGAUCUUCGACCGAUUAGUCUCUGUCCGGUCUAUUACAAGAUACUCUCCAGGUUUUCUCACAAACAGGCUCCAAAAGAUCAUUCUGACGAUUGUCAGCGAAAACCAAAGCGCCUUUACCAAAGGGGAAAUCAGUGUUAUGAACUCGCCUUGAAGCUCGACAUGAGCAAGGCUUACGAGAGGAUCGAGUGGAUCUUUGUCAAACGAGUUCUUCGAAUGAUGGCUUUUCAUUUUGUUUGGAAUAAAUGGAUUAUGGAGUGCAUCUCAUCUGUCACGUACUCGCUAAAUUUCAAUGGAGCGGUCCAUGGAUUUAUCUCUUCUACUAGAGGGCUUCGGCAAAGCGACCCGCUCUCUCCUCUUAUUUUUACUAUCUAUGCAGAGUGUUUUUCCUCUCUUCUUUUUCAGGCGGAAGGGGCACAACUGAUCUCUAGUGUCCAUAUUGCACCGCAAAGCCCCCUUAUUUCACAUCUUCUAUUUGCGGACGAUUCACUCUUAUUUGUGCAGGCAUCGCACUUUCAAGCUUCGAAUGUGAGACGCAUUCUGCAGAUUCUUGAAGUUUCUCACGUUGGUGGUCAAGACAAAUACCUCGGUCUACCGGCCUUCAUUAACAAAUCCAAAAGGGAAACGUUCAAUGAUAUUUAUUCUAAAGUUAGACAUAAGGUGGUGGGAUGGAAGGAAAAUCUCUUAUCGAUGGGCGGCAGAGAGCACCUGAUUAAAAGUAUCGCAAUGGCAAUCCCCGUCUUUGCGAUGUCUUGCUUCCUUCUUCUGAAAUGUUUGGGAAAAUAA